GCUGCUAACCACUCUCAAACUCAUCACCACCACCACAUGCUUCUCAUUUCCAUUGACAGUAGUGCUUUCUCAUUUCUCAGUCCUCACAAGCUUGCAACCCUAGCUCUCUCUCUUUCAUCUCUCUGCUCUCUUUUGAAAGAUCCCUUCUUUUUCCCUUUCAGCUCCUCGCCCCCAAUCCUUCCUUCUUUUGCCACACGAGAUGUGGCUUGCCCGGAACUAGCAGUGGAGAGCAAAGCUUGGGGCAAAGCAGCAGCAGGGCCAGCCAAAGCUCAGAUUCCCGUGGGCGUGGUGGCCGCUAUUUCACCGCCCUCCACCCGCCGAUUCACCGACGGAAGGAUCCAUCCAAUCCCCCCAGCUGUCGGCGCCUUACUUUCCACUGGAGCCCGGUUUUCCUGGCGGAUUUUCUCGUCGUUUCUUGGGCCAAAGGGCGGCGGCGCUUUGGAGCGUUUCUGUUGCGGUGGCGUCUUGAGGCUCGAUCCACUGCGCCGGGGGCAGUUUCUGGUCCGGGGCUGGCUGGGAGCAGUUCUUGAUGAGUUCUUGAGCUGGUUGCGGUGCCCCAUCCAUCCCUGUUGCUCGUGCUGUUCGAUUGGUUUGGGGGGAAUUGGUUCUUGCCUAGUCCAGGGUUCCUGUUCCUCUGGUUUCUCGCGGCGUCAAUCGGGAGAAAUGCCGGUUUUGCAGCCCCCAAGUUGACCAAUUCGAUUAAGCUCUUUGUUGGUUCCCAAUCCCAUGGCGGAUUCGGGGCAUUGAGGAACCGGUGAUGGACAUCAUGACCUGGGCGCACAUGGCGGCAGGGUGCGGCAGGGAGCGGGUCGCCUCCCUUGUCGAUCGGCACUGGCCGGCCGUGUCCCGGGCCUGCGUGUGCUCGUCGUGCUUCGUCCUCGCCGCGCUGAGGCAGUGGCAGGGCUGCACGGCGCGGGGGUUCCUGGGGCUGGCGAGCUUGGGCCCCGCGGCCGUGUUUGUGAUCCUCUGGAGCUUUUUCGUGUGCAUGACCUCCCCGGUGUGCGCUCUCUACGCGCUUCUUAUCCUGGGAGCUACUGGGGCAGUCAUUCACUAUAUGGGCUAUACACCUGGUCUUCUCAUUGUAGGACUAUUCGGAAUAUUGAUUAUGUGGAUGUAUGGCUACUUUUGGAUUACAGGAAUGCUUCUGGUUGCUGGAGGUUCUAUGUGCUCUUUGAAACAUGCACGAUUUGUGAUACCUGUGUUGGCUGUAUAUGCUGUUUAUUGUGUGGCUGUUCGUGUUGGAUGGCUUGGAGUUUUCUUGACGCUGAAUCUUUCUUUUCUGACAAAUGAUCUUCUGAACAAGUUGCUGCAAGGAUAUGAGGGCAGCACAGAAGAGAUGGAAUUUGAAGAAAUGAAGGAUCCUCAUCCAGGGAUGGAUGAAUUCUAUCCUAGCUAUGAAUAUCCUCCCGCUCCUGACAGUGAACCAGAGACUGUAUCUUCUGCAAAGCCCUUUUGCGCAUCGCCUACCCAAGAUGUGUUGCAUGUACAGAAAGAAGCAUCUCCUAGUAAAAUCGUGAAAUCAGAUUCGACUGCGUUGGAUGAGAUGAAGAGGAUAAUGGAUGGUUCGACCUAUUAUGAAAUUUUUGGCAUCCCUCGGAACAGAAGUGCCGACCUGAAGAUACUGAAAGGGGAGUACAGAAGAAUGGCCAUGCUUGUCCAUCCUGAUAAAAAUAUGGGAAAUUCAUUGGCGUGCGAGUCAUUCAAAAAGCUUCAGUCAGCUUAUGAGGUUCUCUCAGAUUUAACAAAGAAAAACAGCUAUGAUGAACAACUGAGGAAAGAAGAAUCACGGCAAAUGACUCAGAGAUCCCGUGUUGUCUCUCAACAGAGUGGGGUAGAGUUUCUCUCUGAAGAGUCCAGGCGUAUACAGUGCACAAAGUGUGGUAACUUCCACUUAUGGAUAUGUACCAAGAGAAGCAAAGCCAAAGCAAGAUGGUGCCAGGAUUGUUCUCAGCACCAUGUUGCCAAGGAUGGUGAUGGAUGGGUGGAAAAUGGAUAUUCAACAUCCUUGAAGAUAGAAAUACCGCGAGCUUUUGUUUGUGCGGAGAGUAAAAUAUUUGAUGUAUCUGAGUGGGCUACCUGCCAGGGAAUGGAGUGCAAACCAAACACUCACGGUCCAACUUUUAUGGUAAACAUGGUUGGUGCGGAUAGGAUGCCUCAGAGAUCCUACAGUUCUCGGUAUCCCUUUAGCCUAGACGCGGAGAUGAUCCCUGAAGAUGAAUUCGAUCUGUGGCUUCAACAGGCAUUGGCAACAGGAGUCUUCUCUGACAGCCCAAAACGAAGGAAAAGCUGGAGCCCCUUCAAACUAACUCAAAAAGGGGUAAGAAGUUGGCGAAGAUCGUCAUGAGGGCAUGACAUUAAGUAGGAUGGCUGCAUGGGCCUCAGAUGACAACGACAUUUGAAAAGGCAAACAAUACAAGGGUUUGUAUUUGUAAAUAGACUGACAGAAAAGAAUUGCCUGGCUGUGCAACUGGUUUUUGUCUGAAAAACAGAGAAACAAGAAGUAAAAGGAACUCUUAAAUGAAAAGAUGCAGUGAAUCUGACUGUUAAAAUUAGUGUUGUGUACCAUGGCCAUGGGUCCCCACGAGUUCAUUCAACGAUCAGGUGUGCAGUCGAAACACGGCACCGCUAGCUGUAGCGUACAAGCAUCAGCACUGUAUGGAUCAACAACGGAAGCAUGCGGACGCUCAUGACGGGAACGGAAGGGUUUCUUCAUUUUGAAACAGGAUGCUCUUGUUCAUGGAAGUAGAAAUUUCUGGAGGAGUGAAAGAAGCUGAAAAGAGAGCAGAAUCUGGCUGCUGUAUAUACAUGGAAAAUCUUUCAUCAGAAAUGUACUGCCUGUAACAUGGUAAUCCUCUGUCAAACUCCCAUGAUCCAGGGUAUGUGCUGUAACAAGCUACGCGGCACUCUAUAACGUCCGGGGAUAAUGAUAAUGGAGGCAUAAUUCUUUUUGACUUGUUGCCCCUACUAAUGCUUAAUCUGAUUUACCCCUGUAAUGGCCCCAUCAUACAUUGUGUGGCCUGAUUAGUGAUUUCUGUAGGUGAGAGGUAAUACUUGCACUCUCUUGUUGGAACUAUCUGCAGGGUGAGAUCUAGAUUAGAUUGCCUCAUGAUUUUUGGCAUGUUUCUCUUUCCUUUUAAUAGCUGAAGUUUGUUU